AUGGCUCCCACCUACGCCAUCAACCCGACCGAGCCAAGUCCAGUUUAUCCAUUCAUCCUUCCAUCCUAUAAGCUGGGAGAUGGCUUCACUCCAGCGCAGUACGGCAAAGGCCCCCGUGACAUCGCGUUUGUCAUCUUCUACACCGUUUUCCUUACCUUUACACGCGAGUUCUGCAUGCAAGAGAUCUUCAACCCCCUCACCCUCAAAUGUGGCAUACUCUCACGCGCCAAACGAGCGCGCUUCGCCGAAAACAUGUACACAGCCCUGUACAUCGCCAUCAUCGGACCCUGGGGGAUGUAUCUCAUGCAUCGCACCCCAGUCUGGUACUUUGACACGCACGGAAUGUACGAGGGUUUCCCGCACCGCACCCACGAGGCAGGGUUCAAGUGUUAUUACCUCCUCCAGGCCGCCUUCUGGAUGUAG